AUGCCGCCGCCGCCGCCGCUGCUGCCGCCUCGGACGCUGCUCCCUGCGAGGAUCCAGCUCCCGCCGGGGACUCCCGUUGGCCGGACGGUGUCUUCUCCGGAGCCGCGGACUGCGCGGAGCUGGGCAUGACCGAGCGGGCGGCGGGGGCCAGCCGUGCCCCGCUGCCCCGUCGCCGGUGGCCGGGCGGAGGCAGCGGCCCCGCGCUCCCAGCGGCGCCGGGCUGGCGCUGCCCGGCCCUGCCCUGAGGCUCGGCGGCCGUUGGGCAGUUGGCGGGGGGCGAUGAGGGCGGCGGGGCGGGGCGGGAGCUCCGCCGGGCUCUCUAGGACGCCGGCGCCCCGCACACCCACCAUGGAUCUGCUGCUGGUGGUGAACACGAGCCUGGACUCCCCCAACGAGUCCCUGCCGCUACCCCCCUCCUCGCCGUCCUCUUCGGUCCUUCUCCAGCCGCCCUCUCCUUAUUCCCCGGCGGCCGUGGCCAGCCUGGCGGCGGUGGUGAGCUUCCUCAUCGUCUUCACCAUCGUGGGCAACGUCCUGGUGGUGAUCGCAGUCCUCACCAGCCGGGCGCUGAGAGCCCCCCAGAACCUCUUCCUAGUGUCCCUGGCCAGCGCGGACAUCCUGGUGGCCACUCUGGUCAUGCCUUUCUCCUUAGCCAACGAGCUUAUGAAUUACUGGUACUUCGGCAAGGCUUGGUGUAAUAUUUACUUGGCGCUGGAUGUGCUCUUUUGCACCUCCUCCAUUGUCCACCUGUGCGCCAUCAGCCUCGACAGGUAUUGGUCAGUCACACAGGCGGUGGAGUACAACCUCAAACGGACCCCUCGGCGGAUCAAGGCCAUUAUCCUCACUGUUUGGCUCAUUUCAGCUGUCAUCUCCUUCCCACCAUUGAUCUCUGUGUACCGGGACCCUGAAGGAGAUGUUUUUCCCCAGUGCAAGCUCAACGAUGAAACAUGGUACAUCCUUUCAUCUUGCAUUGGCUCUUUCUUUGCCCCCUGCCUCAUCAUGGUGUUGGUCUAUAUCCGCAUCUACCGUGUGGCCAAGCUAAGGACCAGGACCCUCUCUGAGAAGCGUACGAUGCCAGAGGGGUCCUCCCAGACUGAGAAUGGUUUGAGCCGUGCUGCUGGGGGCUGCAUGUCCCUGAGGAUGCAGCUGGGAGAGAAUGGACAUUACUCAGGGCACCACUGGCGCAAAGCCUCUGAGCUGGAGGACAUUGAGCUGGAGGAGAGCAGCACCUCAGAGAGCAGGCGGAGGCGGAGCCGGGAGGAGCAUCCCCGCAAAAGCAGCAAGAGCCAGUCCUUCUCCUACUCCUACUCCUCCAAGCACUCUAGUAGCCGACUGUCCCGUGCAAGCAAUCGCUCCAUGCAGCUCUUCUCAUAUCGCCGUCGCCGGAAGCGUAGCAGCAUCUGCCGUAAGAAAGUCACCCAGGCCCGGGAGAAACGCUUCACUUUUGUGCUGGCUGUCGUCAUGGGGGUCUUUGUAGUUUGCUGGUUCCCUUUCUUCUUCAGCUACAGCCUCUAUGGUAUUUGCCGGGAGGCAUGUGAGGUCCCUGAGACUCUCUUCAAGUUCUUCUUCUGGAUUGGGUAUUGCAAUAGCUCCCUCAACCCAGUCAUCUACACCAUCUUCAACCAAGACUUCCGCAGGUCCUUUAAACACAUUCUCUUUAAGAAGAAGAAGAAGAACUUCCGGCAUUGAACUGGAGGGAUGGAUUUGCCUUGAGCAGGAGUGGAGUUAAAAGAGAAGUCUCUAUGCUGAAAAAGAAGGGAGGGAAGAGAACAUGGGGUUUGGGCUUGGAGAGAGGGAAGAGGGCUUGCCUUCUUGGUGGUGCAGAGUGGUGAUAUGGAGUACAGGGACAGUGUCGGGGAGGCUGAGUGUGCAGAAUGGAGACAUGAGGCUGGAGGAGCAGUGCUGGAGUGCAGAUGGGUAAACAGGGAGGGGAGGGAUUGUCUGAAUCCUGACAGAGGGUAUGAGAAGCUCGCAGAGGAAACCAGGCUAAGACACUGAGCUUGGGAGGCAGUGAGUUUUUGUGGGCUCUGGAAUUUUGUGGGAGAACAAGCAGAGACAUCAAGAGGGAAGGAUUAAGUGGCAGUGGUGUGGAGAUUUGAGUAUUUAUAAAUAAAGCAGCUGGGGCCUGUAGUGGGCUUGUCCCAGUAAGAAAUUAGCUUUUACUGCUUAUGUGGGGAAAGAAAGUGCAAAGUGCCAGGCACUGACAGUUUUUUUGAGUUAUGAAAGGAUUUAAAUGUUUGCCAAAAAAAAAAAACAACCCUAAGAAAAAUCCAAACUUUUCUAAAUAAAGCUUUGUACUGUUAAAACCUCCUGAAUUAUGAUUUUACACAGAGCUUUAGUGAAAGAGAAGGCAUGGGGUUUUCUUUUUUUGGAGGGGUCUUUGCAUAGAGAGCGAGAUGGGAAAUGCUUUUCUUCCCAUUAUUUUUGUUUGUGGGACAAACGUGGGAGUUUGCAUGUUUCCAUGAAAUAGGAAAAAAGAGCACAUGCACCCUAUGACCUUAUUUCCCCCCUCUUGGUUCACCAGGCAGUAAAUUCCUACUCCAUCCCUGUCAGAUCAGUAGCUGAAACACCUUGUUGUACUGGAGCAGGUAGCUUGUCUGGACACAAGAGUUCUAAAACAACUUCCAUUGGGGGGAAAAAAAAAAGUGAACUCAGCUAACAUUUUCAGAAUUAAAAGAAAAAAAAUUGCCAUCCAGCUUGAUUUUCAUGAGCUGGGGGGAACUUUUUUUCCCUCUUUUUAAGCCCUGAGAAGGCUUAUCUCAGAGGCUGGAUGUGUGCUGCUCUCAUUCUCAGGCAGACAGGCAGUUGGCCAUCUGCUAUGCAGAUUUUCAUAGGAAGAGCAAUCAUCACAACACUGAGGUCUUUAAAUCCUUUGUAUUUACAGUCUUAGAACAACUAAGUCCUUUAUAUCUGUUUUUUAAAUGAGAAGCAUUCGUUGCAGAUUGUGAGCUGUGUGUGUGAACAAACCUCAAAAGAAGGUGCAGCUGCUCCAAACCCUUAAUACUAAUGCUGCUUUAUUUCCCUUUUCCUGUUUGCAUUUCUAGUGUAUCAUUUCGGAGGAUUUUGUUGGGGAGGAGUGGAGGGAAGAAGGGAGAAGGGUUUGAACAGUUAUUAAAGCAAGGUGUAUAUCCCAUGGGUUUAUGAAAUGUCAUAAACUGUUAUGAAGAGAAUGAAAAACAGGACUGUGUCUGUACAUUCGCCACUGAAUGCACACUGAGUGUAAGACUCAGCUGAACAUUUACAUCCCUUCUCCCACUGUGCUGCUGCAAGGUGUGUAUUCUGUUUGUGGAGUAAAUACUGCUCCACUUUCUGUGUAUCACUCCUUCCAUAGGCAGCAGGAUUUCACAUCUGCCACAAAUUAAGCUUUCCAUAGUAAACACCUCCUUGAAAAAUAAAAUGAAAUCUAAUCUCAUAUGGCAGGCUUCUUAAAAAGCUACAUUGAAUCUAUACCUGAGAAUUAUUAGAGCUCCACUUCUUUACUCCCUCUGUUCUGUCUGACAGGUGUCUGUAGCCUCUCUUCUCUUGAAAUCUCUGUGGCAUAAGGAGAAAUGAUAAAGCAGUUGCUUUGUUUAAUCAGUGUUUCAUAAUAAGCAUUUGGUUCACUUAACCCUGGAAGAGGAGGUCGUCACUGGCUAAGAUUCUGUUGUUAAUUUGAUAGACAAUUUAACUUCAGGGCCAGCUCAAGUGGGAGUUCUGCCUAAGGAGUAGACAGUUGCACCAAAAGCAUUAGAAGUUUGCUUGAUUUCACUAAAGAAACAACUGAGACAUUUUCAAAGUUUUUAUUCUGUAUCUUAUUGCUUCCUUUCUUGAAAUAAGGCUUGAUUUGAGCUUUUUAAACGUGCACUUAAAGAAAGGAUGUUAAGACUUAUUUUCAGAAACAUCCCUUUGUAAAUAACAAACAAGUGGGUACAAAUACGUACCAGAGACAGAUAAAUAAUAGAAAAAAACAGCAGCCAAGAGGAGGAAAUUAAAAGCCAUUUUCUCUUUAGCAAAAUGGAGAUGAUUUUUAAAGUGGUAUCAAGAAGAGCAUUGAAACCAGGUCACAUUGUUUGUAGGUAGCUAAAAAGUUCACGUUUGUUUCAUCUGAAGAAACUAUGUAAUUGCCAGAGCAAUCAAAGCUACUACCUCUGAGCUACUGGAUGGCUUCAUUAGAGAUACCCAUUCCUACCGAGAUGAAGGUCUGCUUUUGUCACUUACUGCUCAUUCAGAGUGGUUUCCCAGCCUGCACACACACAUAGCAGUUUCACUGUUGCGCUGCCUUUGAAAUGAGAUUUGUUGCCUGUACACAUGAUCCUUCCCUUUUCGUUUUUCCUUGUAGAAUUCAAGGAGUCUAUGAAAAUGAAAUUUAUUUGACAGUCAGAUUUUAGUGGACGUGAAGUAUAUAUGGAAUGACUGAUGUGCCUUAAAAGUAAUUUCUUGCUAUAAAAUUAUUCUGUGGUCAUUAUAAGCAUAAAGGAAAUAAUGCUUCUGUUUUUGUUUUGCAUUCCAAAUGUCUAAAAGGUAUUAAUGCAGCUACUGAACAUCUAUUGGCAGCAGAAUACUUACAAACAGGGCAUUUUCUGUGGUUUUAAUUUACUUCUCAUCACAGUUACUCAUCUGAUUCAAUACCUCAAGAGGAUCUUGUUUCUUCUGAGCUAGACAGAAAGUAAUACCCAUCAAUAAAGAUGCUCAGUAUACACCCCUUUUAAGUGCAUUUCCCUCUAAAUUAGUGAAUACAGAGGAUUUCUAUAAAAAUUGGUUUUAAUGUAACUACUGAAUAUGCUUCAAGGAAGUAAAAUGGGGCUGAUUUAUUUUUUUUAAUUAGAGCGUUCUCUUAUUACUUGUAAUAGCUGAAGACUGGAAUUUGUAACAUACUGCCUAGUGUUAACUUUUCAUGAAAAACAGCUCUGCUACUGUGGUUGUGCUUCCACUGUAAGUUGACUAGUAGCAUAUACAGGAAACAAAUAGUCAAUGCAGCUUUUGCUUAAGACAAAGGUGGAAGAUGUUUUAAGUUUUGAGUGUGUCCAGUUGUGUCUUUGAUCACAUCUGAUUAACUGUUUGAAACAUUCUACUGCUGUUGAAGAAUGAAAUGUUGCUAUGAAGCCAUAUUGAUUUUAGCAACUAGCACCUGUUUUUUAACUGCUCGUUUGCUCAUUUCACCAUGAAAGAAGUUUUCUGGCAGUCUAAAAUGAAAAUUAAUGUUUUCUUUUCAAAACUAAUUUUCUGAACAGUAGCAUCAUUGGUUGAUUAUUGAAAUACUAAACAGUAUAACUUAGCUGGGAUGGGAACUCAGUGCUGUUGUCCUUCAACUCCCUUCUCUGGGAGUUUUGCAUGAGGGAGAACAGUAGAAGGCUUGAGUCAGAUGGAAGGGGUCAUAUGUAGGAGAUUUGACAGGAUCACAGCUUUAAACCAUUGUCUAAAAUAAGAAUCAGGCCCUUCUCUUUCUGUGUGAUCCCUGUUCUGAAGAGUCAUUGUGCUCCAAAAUCACUGUCAAUUUCUGAGAAGUAGACCUAUGUUGAAAGAGUAACUGUGAGAGCAGCUUUGCCCACAUUGAUCUGUUUCACCCUUUGUGAGUAAUCCCAGAAAACUUCAGUGGAGUUUAUUUGUGAAUGAGGGAGCUACUCAGUGUGGGCAAGGUUGUUCGGAGUUUCCUUAGACAUUGCCUGUUUGGUUUUUUUUUUGUAGAUGUGCCUGAGGAAUGUAUGCAAACAUUUGUGCAUUACUGUAUAGGAACUGAAAGAAAACAAGCCUCUCUGUUUAACUUUGACCAGUGUUCAGACUCAUAGAAGGUGUGGGUCAACAGGUUUUUUACUAUAUAACCAGGGCAGCAAAUCUGUCUGUAUUUUCAGUAUAAGCUGUGUGAAGAGCAUUAUCUGAUUGCAUUUGGUUUUUGGAGAAAAAAAAUGUAGGCCUCUUCCUUGCUCUGUGGAAGUUGAUAUUGGUUAGAACAGCAUCUGAGAAGUGUAGAGAUUUUGUAGGAAAUGUCAGUAAUUACAUGCAUUUCAGGAGAAUGUUCUAACCUUAAACUCUGACUGCAGUCAAGGAGGAGAGAAUGAAGCUGUGCAAAACGAAGGCCAGAUGCCACUUUUGAGUUCAUUUUCAUGGUUGCUCAUUGUGACCUUGUUGGUGAGGAGAAGGCAACUAGAUGCUUCAGAGAAAAAGCUCUGAUUUGGAGGGGGGAUGGUACGUGAGGAAGUGACUACCCACAGCACCGGAGGAGUUAAUAUUUACUUACCUUAUUCGCACAGUAGACAAAUACAGUGGAAGAAAUUGCCUUUUUCAUUGCACAAUAGCAAAUAUUAAUUUGCCUUUCAGAUCUGUAGGUCAGCUAAGCUGUACAGAAGAUGACAGGAUAAGGUAGGGUUAGGAGAUUGCUCACUUUAAUGUUCAACACCAAGAUUAAGUUUGUCCUUUGUCCUUGAAAAUAAGCCCAAAAUACAAUUUGGCACUUGGACCCAAAAGGCCAUGUAACAUCAGUACUACCACACUGAAUGUAGUCUAGUUUUAGGAAAAAGCAUCAGUUUGUAUUAUACACCCUGCACAUCUCUAUUUCAGGACAGAAAUGUCUGACAUUUAAGGCAUGUGAGAAGGGAGUAAUCAAUGGUUUGAAGGGUCGUGUGUGUUGUGAAAUUUCCCUAGAUUUCUAUUCUGAUGACUGAGCCAUCUUUCAUUUGUAGCUUCCCAAUCACUUUGAACUCUUAAGACUUUGGGGACGUAUCUAACAUGGAAGCAGCAGAAAUACUGCUUCUCAAGGAAGCAAAAAGUGGCAAAUUUCUCAAUCAGUGUGCAGAUGGUUAUACCAGAUGUCCAGUCCUCCAGUGGAUGGAUGGCUCUGCUACUGAUUUUAGUGGGAAAAGCUGGGAUGUUUUCAGCUCACAGAGAUAAUCAUGCUUGGUCUGAUACCUACACUCGGUACAUAGCCUUUGUUUGAAGUGGAAACCCUUAUGACAGAAGACAUUUUAAGGAGUUUAUUCUGCUCAGGCACAUGUUCUUCACUAUACCAUCCCAAACAU